AGACAGGUUCGGUCAUGAUUAGUAUAAAUUGAUUUUCUUCUUCUUAUACCGGUACUUUUACUUGUGUUUUUUAUUUAUUUUUUUCUCUAGUUUAUCAUUUUGAUAAGGUUAAGAACUCGUUCCCUGCUUUCCUUUGCUUUCGCUUCGAAAAAAUAGAAUGACUUUUGUAGAACGUAUCUUUUAUGUGUCGAGCCCUACACCUACUGCCAACGAGCGAACUGUCAGCAGUAGAAAUGUUACGGUGACUAGCUACAACUCAAUCGAAAAAGAAGAAGAGAUGGUCUGCGAUCAUUUGGGUAAUAGCAGCAGUGACAGGCAACAUUUACAAGGUUCACUUUUACCGUUGGGACGAGCAAUCUUUUUGAGCUCUUUCCUGUUAUUGCUUGAGACGAUAUCCUUCACUUUUUUAGUGACUAUGGACAAAUCGACAUUCACCCUAGUGAAAGCUAUUAUGGGCUCGAUCUGCUUAUUUUUCGCGAGUCAGUUCCUUACUACAGCUAUUAUUUUCAGGAAGACCGCCUCUACUGACUUGCAUAGAAUUAAUAACAAAGUGUUAUUGUUUGGACUUAUUGCGGCGAAUGCGUUGAUGCAAUGCUUGCUGAUAUUUCUGACAAUGAAGGAUAUUGUUGUGAAUGAAAGGAUUUUUGAGUGGAUUGUGAUACCAGGAUUAUUUCUUUGUAGCAGCGCUAUGAACGGAUCCAUAACUAUUAUUUUAGCAUUGUUGUUUCAAACAUCAACAGAUUUUCGCUUUACGAGUUGAAAACUGAAAAUCGAGGAUGCAGUAUAGUCGAGGUUAAUUUCAGAGCAUAUCAGCACGCUUAAACACUUUGGAUCCCGCAAGGCAAUGUUCUCGAUUCAACCACUGGACUGUAGAUCUAAUCAAUUUCAGUCUGUCAUCACUCACUUUAGUAACUUUCCCUCUAUAACAAAUCAAAAUAAAGCGAAAACGAACAAUCUCAUUCAUACUCUUGUGGUUC